GGAAAAUGUUAGUGGUCGGUUUGUGCAUAAAAAGAAGUAUUUGGCGCUGGCGCUGAGGCUAAAACUCAUGCUUCGAGUCCCUAAUCACCCCCUCCCUCUCCUCCCUCUCCUCCCUCUCAUCUCCCCAUACACUCCGCUGAGUUCCGUUUACUCCCUCCAGUCGCAGUUACCGGGCGUGCGGUUGCCAGGAGAGACACGCCAUCAGUUGAGCGUACCUCUUUAACGGCAGAGCGGCACGAGCUCUACCCCGCCAUUUCCUCGUAUCGAACCCUGGAAUGUCGAGUGGCGGCUCGGGCUCUUCCUCGCGGAAGGAGUUCGACGUGAAGCAGAUCCUCCGGAUCCGAUGGAGGUGGUUUGGUCACCCCGCGGUCCCUCCGCCUCACUCCCCGCCGCUCGGAGACUACCUCUCUGGAAGGAGACCGGACGUCAGCUCCGGAGACAGACCAUCAGUUAGCUGCGGUAGCAACUCGAAUUCAGCGGGCGUGAGUCCCAGCUCCGGGGGUCACAGCGGUCUGGUGGCCAGCGGCAGCGCUGGGUCUAACCUGUGUAACGGCAGCAAUAGAAAGUUUGCAGAACCAGCGGGGAGUCGCGGCGGUUCAGGAGGAGCGGCAGUUGGAGCGACGGGGAGCUCCUGUCCCCGCUCCUUCAGCCAGCCAGAGUGUAGGAGCGCUGCCGCGGCGGUGUCGUGGGUCUCCCCGCCGUCACACCGUCGCUCUCGCCCGUUUAAGUGCAUGGAACCCUCCGGCGAUGCUCCGCUGGUGCCAGAGCCCUCUGCUCAUGUAGCGGUAGAAGAGGCGGCGGCGGCGGCGGGAGUGGCAGCCGGGGGCGCCGAGGAGAACAACAACCACCCGGACACAGACUCCAGCUCCUGCAGGACAUCUAACAGCAGUGCCACACUCUCUUCAUGCGUGUCGAUGGAACCCUGUGCAUGUCCAGAGGACUGUAUGUUCACAGCCAUGUCCCACGCUGACAUCACCUUCCGCAAGAUGGAGAGCUACCUGAUGAGCAGACAGCUGUGUGAUGUCGUACUGGUGGCUGGAGAAAGGCGGAUACCUGCACACAGACUGGUCCUCUCAUCAGUAUCCGACUACUUUGCGGCCAUGUUCACCAGUGAUGUGCGGGAAGCCAAGCAGGAUGAGGUGAAGAUGGAAGGAGUAGACCCUGAAGCAUUGUGGGUCCUGGUGCAGUAUGCAUAUACAGGACGUCUUGAGUUGAAGGAGGACACCAUUGAGUCCCUGCUGUCAGCCUCUUGCCUGCUGCAGUUGUCACCAGUGGUUCAGGCUUGCUGCUCCUUCCUCAUGAAGCAGCUCCACCCCUCCAACUGUCUGGGCAUCCGCUCCUACGCUGAUGCUCAGGGCUGCCAUGACCUGCACAAGGCUGCUCACGCCUACACCAUGGAUCACUUUUUAGACGUGGUGGGAGGACAGGAGUUUCUGCUGCUCCCGGUGGAGGAGAUGGAGAGGCUGCUCACUUCAGAUGACAUCCACGUGCCAGACGAGGAAACUGUGGUGACCUCUUUGCUCACGUGGGUCCGUCAUGACUCUGCCACUCGGCAACGCCACCUACCUUUGCUCCUCGCUCACAUCCGACUGCCACUGCUUCAGCCACAGUUCCUGGCAGACCUUGAGUCCAACCCUCUGCUUCAGGACAGCGUGGAGUGCCAGCGACUGUUGAUAGCGGGAAUGAAGUAUCACCUCUUGCCCCUGCACCGGCCCCUGCUUCAGAGCCCUCGCACCCGUCCUCGUAAGGCCACCGUUGGGGCCAUGUUCGCUGUGGGCGGCAUGGACGCUACAAAAGGUGCUACCAGUAUCGAGCAGUACUGUCUGCGUCGCGACACAUGGAGGCAAGUAGCCACCAUGAGCGGACGGAGGCUACAGUUCGGUGUAGCUGUUCUUGGCGGCCGGCUCUACGUGGUAGGGGGCAGAGAUGGACUCAAGACCCUCAACACUGUGGAGUGUUACAACCCGCAAAGUAAAACCUGGAGCGUGAUGCCUCCCAUGUCAACACACAGGCAUGGACUAGGUGUAGCUGUCCUCGAAGGCCCCAUGUACGCAGUAGGAGGACAUGAUGGUUGGAGCUACCUCAGCACUGUGGAAAGGUGGGAUCCCCAAGCUCGACAGUGGAGCUUUGUUGCCAGUAUGGCUACACCCAGAAGCACUGUGGGCGUAGCUGUCCUCAAUGGCAAGUUGUAUGCAGUAGGAGGUCGUGAUGGUUCAUCCUGCUUGCGUUCAGUGGAGUGUUUCGACCCCCACACCAACAGAUGGAGUGGUUGUGCUCCAAUGGCCAAAAGACGUGGAGGUGUGGGUGUGGCCACGUGGCACAGCUUCUUGUAUGCCAUCGGAGGUCACGAUGCUCCGGCCUCUUCCCUGGCAUCUCGGUUAAGUGACUGUGUGGAGAGGUAUGACCCUCAGACAGACAUGUGGACAGCAGUGGCCCCCAUGAGCAUCAGCAGAGAUGCAGUAGGUGUUUGUCUCCUUGGCGACUGUCUCUAUGCUGUGGGUGGUUACGAUGGUCAGGUGUACCUCAAUACAGUCGAAGCUUACGACCCUCUGACAAAUGAAUGGACACAGGUUGCACCUCUGUGUCUCGGCAGGGCCGGUGCCUGCGUUGUUGUUGUUGUCAAACUGUGAAAACACAGGUUUGGUUAUUUGGACUUUUCCUGAUGUGGCUCAGAGAUCCAUCUGCCUACACCAGAAACACUUCAGGUUUUACACUUGGUUUAAGUCACAUUUUAGCCUGCUGGGAAGAAGAAAAAAGACUGAUUUUUGAGUUUUUGAAAUUUCUUACUCUGUCGCUGAACACCCUGAUAACCUCUGCCACUGAUGGAUACAAUCUGGAGGAAUCUGCAGUGUUUAUGUGAGCAUGACGGGACAGCUGUCACACAGCUUUUUCUGCUUGCAUGAUAUUUUGUUCCUGUAGACAGGAUGGGACACACACACACACACACACACACACUCUGAACUGACACGGUUGCUUUCAGCUUCUUUUUUUUGCUGACUUAAAGGUGAGAGAGACUGUCUAGAUGGUUGAGAUGCCUCAUCAUUUUAUGCUCUCCGUUUUUCUAACAAUAUCACAUAGUGUGUAUUGAUGCUAUUUUAGACUGUUCCAAUUUAUUUUUAUGCUGCAGUCGGCAAGUACUCCUGUUUCUUUCUUUCAAAUGUCAGAUUAAAAAAACAAGACGCUUUUGACAUAAUCAGCACAACCUUAUGAACAGCUGUACUGUACUGUAUCUUUACACUUGAGUCGAAGCAUAUCCCCAUGUUGCAUCAGCUUACAUCAAGCAUACCGUAGUGUAUUCCGAUGUGCAGAUGAUCACGGCCCUUUUUUACAAGCUUCACUUGUAAAUCAUACGAAGUCUUACUACUACUUGUGAGUCCACAUUGUUGUGGAAUUGAGGUGAGAGAAGACUUUUGCAACACUAAUCUUGAGUAUUUUCACUUUCCUGCAGAGCAAAGGGUCACCUUUUUUUUACACACUUGGCUUUAUAGAGGGCCAGUUUAUAUUUUCUGUUUGCCAGAUAACUACUUUUCCGCGACUGUUAAUGUUUCCUGUGUGUGUGUUUAAGUGUUCAUAGAUUGAAAGCAGUAUAUUUUUAACUCAAAUGAGAAUCUUCCUCCUUCUCCUCUCCAUUUCUUCACUUCCCCGGUGCUCUCUCUUUUUACUCGCUCUCCCAUUUCAGCACCACACACACACACCACUGUGUUUUAGAGCAGAAUUGGAUACUCAGACCAAAUGAACAGCAGACGAUAUAACGAGAGCACGAAUUUAAUAACAUUGAUUCAGCCUGUGCUGAUGUUUUGUUUGAUGUUAAGUUCAAAGCCUCAUUAGAGGUGACAGCACCGCAGACAAAGCAGGAGACGGGAGCAGUAAAUUCAUCUUUUGAAAACAACCUGAUGUGUCCAUAUAUGUGUGGGCUUGUGAAAGUAGACACAUAAACGACCAGACCCGUGAAGAAUGCCAAGAUUCACACUAUAAGUUUGUGUUAUACAUGUAAAUAUGUGUCCGUGUGGUGUAUAGGACACAAACUCCUGACACUGGGGAGCAAAGAAGGCAUCCUUUCUGAAUUGACAGAUUUAGAGCUAAUAUAGCCGCCAGAAUACACUUCACACACACACACACACACACGCACAGAGCUGGGAGCCAAAUGCCCCAGGAGUCAAUGAAGAUUGAAAAGCCUCACAAAUUUGCCAGCGUGACGUCUCAAAAGCAGAGAUGAGCGGCCUCCAAUCCCCCCAUGGCUGAACCAAUGUUUAUUUAAGGCUAAUGCGGCGCUGCUUUAUUUUAUAUUUCCUUUCAGACUUGCCCUCUGUUUAUUUAGAGAGCAGUUCUCUUGAUAUCAGAGCAGAAAUGUGUAACCUCCACUGUGUAUAUGUUGUCAAAAGUGAAAUAUUAAGACAGACAUUCCAAAUCCUAUUAAAGUAUAUCGCGUACAUUAUUAAAUGUAAAAUCUAUAUGUAGUCUUAUUGAUUUAUGCUGUAUAUUAUACAUAUAAUAUAAAAUCUGUUAUUGUGUAUUUUUUUUUUCUUCUUUUGUACCCUGAAUUCAGAUGAAGACGAUAUGUAAUAAAAAUGAGAAAAAGGACAGCUGCUCACCUUUUUUUUUAUUGUAAUACAAGAAUGUUUCAUCUCCUUGUUUA